AAGCAUCAGCUAUCUGAGCAGCUAACCAAUCUCUGCAGCUGUACACAGCCCAUCUGUAAAUAGCCCACCAAAUCUACCUACCUCAUCCCCAUAUUGUUGUUAUUUACUUUUGUAGGUUGCUUUUGUUCUGUCUGUUCUGGGGUAACAGUGGCAGGCUAAAUGAGGUUAUUUCUUUGUCCUUAGGUAACAGUGGCAGGUUAAAUGAGAUUAUUUCUCUGUUCUGGGGUAACAGUGGCAGGUUAAAUGAGGUUAUUUCUCUGUCCUGAGGUAGCAGUGGCAGGUUAAAUGAGAUUCUUUCUCUGUUCUGGGGUAACAGUGGCAGGUUAAAUGAGGUUAUUUCUCUGUUCUGGGGUAGCAGUGGCAGGUUAAAUGAGGUUAUUUCUCUGUUCUGAGGUAGCAGUGGCAGGUUAAAUGAGGUUAUUUCUCUGUCCUGGGGUAGCAGUGGCAGGUUAAAUGAGGUUAUUUCUCUGUCCUGGGGUAGCAGUGGCAGGUUAAAUGAGGUUAUUUCUCUGUUCUGGGGUAACAGUGGCAGGUUAAAUGAGGUUAUUUCUCUGUUCUGGGGUAGCAGUGGCAGGUUAAAUGAGGUUAUUUCUUUGUCCUUAGGUAACAGUGGCAGGUUAAAUGAGAUUAUUUCUCUGUUCUGGGGUAACAGUGGCAGGUUAAAUGAGGUUAUUUCUCUGUUCUGGGGUAGCAGUGGCAGGUUAAAUGAGGUUAUUUCUCUGUUCUGGGGUAGCAGUGGCAGGUUAAAUGAGAUUAUUUCUCUGUCCUGGGGUAACAGUGGCAGGUUAAAUGAGGUUAUUUCUCUGUCCUGGGGUAGCAGUGGCAGGUUAAAUGAGAUUAUUUCUCUGUUCUGGGGUAGCAGUGGCAGGUUAAAUGAGAUUAUUUCUCUGUUCUGGGGUAGCAGUGGCAGGUUAAAUGAGGUUAUUUCUCUAUCCUGAGGUAACAGUGGCAGGUUAAAUUAGGUUAUUUCUCUGUCCUGAGGUAGCAGUGGCAGGUUAAAUGAGGUUAUUUCUCUGUCCUGAGGUAGCAGUGGCAGGUUAAAUGAGGUUAUUUCUCUGUCCUUAGGUAACAGUGGCAGGCUAAAUGAGGUUAUUUCUCUGUCCUGGGGUAACAGGGGCAGGUUAAAUUAGGUUAUUUCUCUGUCCUGGGGUAGCAGUGGCAGGUUAAAUUAGGUUAUUUCUCUGUCCUGGGGUAGCAGUGGCAGGUUAAAUUAGGUUAUUUCUCUGUCCUGAGGUAACAGUGGCAGGUUAAAUGAGGUUAUUUCUCUGUCCUGGGGUAGCAGUGGCAGGUUAAAUGAGGUUAUUUCUCUGUCCUGAGGUAACAGUGGCAGGUUAAAUGAGGUUAUUUCUCUGUCCUGAGGUGGCAGGUUAAAUUAGGUUAUUUCUCUGUCCUGAGGUAACAGUGGCAGGUUAAAUGAGGUUAUUUCUCUGUCCUGAGGUAACAGUGGCAGGUUAAAUGAGGUUAUUUCUCUGUCCUUAGGUAACAGUGGCAGGCUAAAUGAGGUUAUUUCUCUGUCCUGGGGUAACAGUGGCAGGCUAAAUGAGGUUAUUUCUCUGUCCUGGGGUAGCAGUGGCAGGUUAAAUGAGGUUAUUUCUCUGUUCUGGGGUAGCAGUGGCAGGUUAAAUGAGGUUAUUUCUCUGUUCUGGGGUAGCAGUGGCAGGUUAAUUGAGAUUAUUUCUCUGUUCUGGGGUAGCAGUGGCAGGUUAAAUGAGAUUAUUUCUCUGUUCUGGGGUAGCAGUGGCAGGUUAAAUGAGAUUAUUUCUCUGUUCUGGGGUAGCAGUGGCAGGUUAAAUGAGGUUAUUUCUCUAUCCUGAGGUAACAGUGGCAGGUUAAAUUAGGUUAUUUCUCUGUCCUGAGGUAGCAGUGGCAGGUUAAAUGAGGUUAUUUCUCUGUCCUGAGGUAGCAGUGGCAGGUUAAAUGAGGUUAUUUCUCUGUCCUUAGGUAACAGUGGCAGGCUAAAUGAGGUUAUUUCUCUGUCCUGGGGUAACAGGGGCAGGUUAAAUUAGGUUAUUUCUCUGUCCUGGGGUAGCAGUGGCAGGUUAAAUUAGGUUAUUUCUCUGUCCUGGGGUAGCAGUGGCAGGUUAAAUUAGGUUAUUUCUCUGUCCUGAGGUAACAGUGGCAGGUUAAAUGAGGUUAUUUCUCUGUCCUGGGGUAGCAGUGGCAGGUUAAAUGAGGUUAUUUCUCUGUCCUGAGGUAACAGUGGCAGGUUAAAUGAGGUUAUUUCUCUGUCCUGAGGUGGCAGGUUAAAUUAGGUUAUUUCUCUGUCCUGAGGUAACAGUGGCAGGUUAAAUGAGGUUAUUUCUCUGUCCUGAGGUAACAGUGGCAGGUUAAAUGAGGUUAUUUCUCUGUCCUUAGGUAACAGUGGCAGGCUAAAUGAGGUUAUUUCUCUGUCCUGGGGUAACAGGGGCAGGUUAAAUUAGGUUAUUUCUCUGUCCUGAGGUAACAGUGGCAGGUUAAAUGAGGUUAUUUCUCUGUCCUGAGGUAACAGUGGCAGGUUAAAUGAGGUUAUUUCUCUGUCCUUAGGUAACAGUGGCAGGCUAAAUGAGGUUAUUUCUCUGUCCUGGGGUAACAGGGGCAGGUUAAAUUAGGUUAUUUCUCUGUCCUGAGGUAACAGUGGCAGGUUAAAUGAGGUUAUUUCUCUGUCCUGAGGUAACAGUGGCAGGUUAAAUGAGAUUAUUUCUCUGUCCUGGGGUAACAGUGGCAGGUUAAAUGAGGUUAUUUCUCUGUCCUGUGGUAACAGUGGCAGGUUAAAUUAGGUUAUUUCUCUGUCCUGGGGUAACAGUGGCAGGUUAAAUGAGGUUAUUUCUCUGUCCUGAGGUAACAGUGGCAGGUUAAAUGAGGUUAUUUCUCUGUCCUGAGGUAACAGUGGCAGGUUAAAUGAGGUUAUUUCUCUGUCCUGAGGUAACAGUGGCAGGUUAAAUGAGGUUAUUUCUCUGUCCUGCAGGUUACAGAUAUGAGCGUCUGGAUGGAUCAGUCAGGGGGGAAGAGCGUAACCUGGCCAUCAAGAACUUCAGCAGCAAAGACGUCUUUGUCUUUCUACUCAGCACUAAAGCAGGAGGCGUUGGGAUGAACCUAACAGCAGCUGAUACUGUGAUCUUCAUUGACUCUGACUUCAACCCCCAGAAUGACCUGCAGGCUGCCGCUCGCUGCCACCGGAUUGGUCAGACCAGGGCUGUGAAGGUGAUCCGGCUCCUGGGGAGGGAUACGGUAGAGGAGAUUGUGUACUCCCGGGCAAGUUCUAAGCUCAGCCUUACCAACACAGUGAUAGAAGAGGGGCGUUUUUCUCUGCUUAACCACAACCACUCUGCUGCUGCCGGUCUGCAGCUCAGCGAGAUCCUGAAGUUUGGAGUGGACAAGCUGUUGUCGUCAGAAGAGAGCUCCAUCCAGGCUGUGAACAUGGGUCUGAUCCUGGGUCAGUCUAGAGACGGGGAGUGGCUGACUGAUGAAUCCCCCACCCAGACCAAGGACCUGCCCACAGAGGAGGAAGAGGAGGGAGAAUCUGAGGGACAGAACCACAUGUACUACUUCGAAGGGAGGGAUUACUCCCGGGAGGUGAGCUCUGAGGACCAGAGGACCUUCAGUCGUCUCCUGGAGGAAGAGGCAGGAGGAGGAGGAGGAGAGAGACGAGCGACACGACACAACGAUGAAGUGUGUCUGUCCGGGCCCCUGUUGGCCCCCAUGAGGAAGAGGAAGGCCUUGACUGAGACUGACCUGAAAGAGAGGGAGGAGGCUGCAGCUAAGAGGGCCAGAGUACAGGAGGACAAGAGGAGGAGACUACAGGAGAACAAACACAGGAAGAAGAUGGCAUGGUGGGAGUCCAGUGGGUACAGGUCCCUGUGUUUACCCUCUGUGGAGAGCGAGGAGGAGGAGGAGGAGGCUGAUGACCUCAGUGUGACCUCUACAGAUUCAGAACACUAUGCUAUUAGUUACGUGUUGGGCGAUGUCACACACCCCUACGCCAACCAGGAAGAUGCCAUCAUAGUGCACUGUGUUGAUGACUCUGGCCGGUGGGGUAGAGGUGGUCUCUUCACAGCAUUGGAGAACAGGUCAGAUGCACCAUGUAAACAAUAUGAGCUGGCUGGAAAGAUGAAAGACUUGGAGCUGGGAUCAGUGUUGCUGUUUCCUGUUGAUGAUAAACAGUCCAGACUGGAUGGCCAAGACCAGGUGGCCCUGAUAGUGGCCCAGCAGAGAGCCAGAGACAACAGCCUGUCAGGGAUCCAUCUCUCUGCUCUGGAAGAAGGACUCCAGAAAAUCUACAGGGUCGCCAAGACUAACAAGGCUAGCGUCCACCUCCCCCGUAUCGGCCACUCCACCAGAGGGUUUAACUGGUAUGGAACAGAGAGACUCAUCAGAAAACACCUGGCCUCCAGAGGGGUACACACCUCCAUAUACUACUACAGCAGGUCUGUCUCUACCUCUGCUUUAGGUACAUCCACAACACCCUCCACAGCAUCAGCCUCAACCUCCAAGGCCUCAGCCUCUAGCUCCAAGACCUCAGCAGCAUCCCCCUCCCCAUCCUCCGUCUCCCCCUCCCCAACCUCCGUCUCAGUCUCCCCCUCUCCUCCACACUCCCCCCCAGUGCCACAGUAUCCUGGCCCUGACUCAGACAGGGAGAGUGAGGAAAGAGAGACAGCCAAUCAGAGCAGCAGGACCCCCAGCCCCUCUGGACCUGCUCUGCCUGACUUCAUGAGAGGAGUUCAUGUGUUCUUCUACAACCUGACAGCCUCAGACAGGAAGAGACUGGCCCGCUACCUCAUCACAUAUGAAGGAGAUGAGGAGGAGAUCAUGAGUUCAGAGGUCACACACAUUGUAACAGAGCUGGAGAGUCCUGUCCAAUCACAGGAGCUCCAGGAGCUGAUUGGUCAUCACCCUCAUGCACUUCCUGUUCAGAAGACCUGGCUGGAGGCCUGCUUCUCUAGACAGAGACAAGUCAACACCACCAAGUUCCUGCACUGCUUUAAAUGAUGUAUCUCUUCAGUACUAUAUAACACGCAGGUGAUGUGAGCCUGCAGGAGCCACGGAUCAAUUCCUUUUGCAGCACUCCCUUUCUCCCGCUACAAUACAACUUUAAUACACUCAACUGAUUACACUGAAGUAGAGAACAUUCCUUUACUCUGCUUUUUAUUUGUAUACAUGUUUAUCAAUUAUUUUAAUUUGAAAUGUAUUUUGGUAGUUGCAGGCAGCCUAGUAGUUACAGCGUUGGGCCAGUAACUGAAAGGUUGCUGGAUCGAAUCCCCGAGCCGACAAGGUAAACAUCUGUCAUUCUGCCCCUUAGCAAGGCAGUUAACCCACUGUUCCCCGAGCGCUGAAGACAUGGGUGUCGAUUAAGGAAGCCUCCCCCUGCACCUCUCUGAUUCAGAGGGGUUGGGUUAAAUGUGGAAGACACAUUUCAGUUGAAUGCAUUCAGUUGUACAACUGACUAGGUAUCUCCCUUUCCUUAUCAUUAGGUGUUCUCUAUAUCAGUGGUUCCCAACGUUUUUCAGAUACUGUCCCUGAGGUACCCCCAUGGCUGGGAACCAAUGCUGUAUAUCUGACCAGGUACCACUCUAAAGUGAUAUGUUAUGGAACAGAGAGGUGGGGCUUAUAGAAAAGGGGCGUGGCAUGAUGCUCCAGCUGUAGAGGUCAAUGAGGUAUAAAAGAACUGGGAACUGCUUCCAAGAUGGACAUUGGUUGUUUUUAAUGUAAUCUGCUCACAUUGGCAAAUGCUGUUUUGUGGUCACUCCCAUCUGCUUGACAGAGCCGGUAACGCCUGAUCACUAGCGCUGUGUGCACUGGCGCUAGCAGCAAUGACGUCAUCCAGAAGCAUUGCAGACAUUGAAUGAUUAUUAAAUGUUCAGCUGUCAGUGAUGGGAAACAAUUUGUUCCCAGACUAUUAGAAAAAAAGCACUGGAUAUUUUUGGCACAAAAGGUGAUAAUGAGUGUCUUUAAGAUUUUUUCAAGUUGGACUUAUGGGGAUUGUCCUGAUGGCAGCAGCAAAAACGCAAUGUGACCAACAGGCACAACCACAGCGGUCCUUGGGACAACCUAACUCUUUUACAUUUCAGAUUACUGGGGUAACGUUAUUUGGGACAGUCCAAGGAUCCCAGAUAGCAUAGAAAGGUCCGCUGUGGUUGUGCCUGUUGGUCACAUUGCGUAUAUAUGUGGGAUGUAUUGUUGUCUAUGCCCAAUAAUGUUUGUACCCUGUUUUGUGCUGCUGCCAUGUUGCUACCAUGCCAUGUUGAAGUUUACAUCCACCUUAGCCAAAUACAUGCACCAAAGUACGUUCAUCUCUAGGAGACAGAACGCGUUUCCUAUCUGAGCGGAUUCAUGGUGUUUAUACUUGCGUACUCUUUGUACAGAUGAACGUGUUACCUUCAGGCGUUUGGAAAUUACUCCCAAGGAUGAACCAGACUUGUGGAGGUCAGAAAAUAAAAUUGACAUCUUGGCCGAUUUCUUUUGAUUAACCCAUUAUGACAAGCAAAGAGGCACGGAGAGAGAAGGUAGGCCUUGAAAUACAUCCACAGUUACACCUCCAAUUGACUCAUGUCAAUUAGCCUAUCAUAAGCUUCUAAAACCAUGACAAUUUUCUGGAAUUUGCCAAGCUGUUUAAAGGCACGGUCAACUUAGUGUAUGUAAACUUCUGACCCACUGGAAUUGUGAUACAGUGAAUGAAUCUGUCUGUAAACAAUUGUUGGAAAAAUUACUUCUGUCAUGCACAAAGUAGAUGUCCUAACAGACUUGGCAACACUUGUUUGUUAACAAGAAAUUUGUGGAGUGGUUGAAAAACGAGUUCUAAUAGCUCUACAAAGUGUAACUUCCAACUUCAACUGUCUUAAGUGUUGAACAUUCAAAUAUUUUCUGAAAAUAAAGCUCAAGCACCAAGGAGAAAAGACAGCAUUUGCGUGUUACAUAAAUUGCAUAGUUUAUUUACAACAAAAAAACACUGCAAUUUGACAUACCAGGUAUCAAGCAGAAAUGGACUUGAUUUGUGCCCAUCAACAUUAUAAACUUACAGUAUCAUAUUUAUGCUCGCAUAUAUUAUGUUAACUAAUAGCAAAGAAAAGUUUUGGAAUUGUCCUAAUCAAGACCAUUUUAAAUCUGUGUGACAUGAUCCCCUUUGGAUGGAUCAUUUUAGAAUGUCAGUGUAGUAGCUAGUACACAGUGCAGGUUUUAAUCAUGAGCAGAGGGACCGGCUGUGUGACAAUUUAUCCCUGGUAGAUUUAAACCAGCAUAAUUCUGUGGUUCUGGUGAGAACUGGCAAAAUGUUUCACAAACUCAUCCAUGUUGAGGGAGCGUGCCCUCCUUGACUCAACACUGAGAAUUCUGAGCUGACUUAACCUGUCAUCGACCAUUGUUGUCCUAAGGUGGUUUUAAUCCAUUUUAAAGCUGAGAAGCUUCUCUCGCAAUAAGCACUGCUGACUGGUGUAACAGAAAUCUUACAAAGUCAAAAUAGCUCAUGGAAGACCUCUUUAUAAGGUUCUAGAAACACAACAAAGUCAAGGAGAGUAGAUGGUCUGUCCCUCCCACCUAUCAAGAAGCCGCUUGGUUUGAUGAACCUCAUGUUUGAGGUCCUCUAAAUCUGACUCAAAGGUCUGAGCAAAGGCAAACAGAGGCUCCUCAUUCAAGAAUGGUGUCCUCUUUGGGUUGAGAGACUGGGCCCUUUGCAUUAUCUCACAAUCCUUCUUUGAAAAACACCUCUGCAGCUCAGCUGUGAGACUGUCAAGCACCUGAUUAAAGACAGCUCUUUGGAAGCUCUCACCAUCACAUUGGUCACUAUUUUUCUGUCCUACAGUGUGCUCAUCAAUGAUUUGUGGAAUCACAAGCUUGUUUUAGACUGUCUUUUACACACUGUUUGUACACUUAUUUUGCAGUGCUCUGCAAUCUCUUUCCAUAGUUCUCCAUAGUAACCCUACCUUCUGUAGUCCUGUAAUGGGUCUGUAAGGGCACCUACUAGACCCACAGCACCUACUAGACCCACAGACCUUG